GUCUUCUUGUGCUGCAGAGCCUCAAAAUGAUCAUCUCAAGGGUCUGGUUUCUUCUCUGUUUGCCUGUAUUGACGACGGCCUUUUCGCUGUCGGAUGUACCGUCAUGCGCAAUACCAUGUAUUCUCAAGACGAUGGACUCGUCAGGCGAAUCGAAAGCGAAUAUCAGAACUAUGUGCGAUAACCCAGCUUUUCAGACCGAUGUGUUGAAUUGUGUCGCUGGAGUAUGCACUGCGCAAGAGUUACAAGGCUUUAUUCACAUGGGAAAAGAGCUAUGUGAGAUGCCAAUGCAGGACAAUCGGCAAGAGUAUCGAGCUGUAAUUGUUGUCUUCGCCACGCUAUCAUUUUUCUUUGUCAUGCUGAGGGUAGCGUCUAAGAUCGUCACCAAGAAUACUUGGGGCUCUGAUGAUACCUGGGCAGUGGUCACUUUUUUCAUUCUUAUUCCAUUCACGGUAUUCACGCUCCUCGCAAUACAACAUGGCGUUGGACUCGCUACGCCAUUGUAUACCCAGAAUGACCUCUCUCAUGCCCUCAAGGAGAUCUUUAUCUUUCACCAUCUAUACAUCUGCGGUCUUGCAGCGGCCAAGACGUCGAUUCUUUUCUUUUACCUACGGGUCUUUCAAGACACCAAUUUCAGAAUCCUUGUUUGGAUUACACAUGCCUUCAACGCCUUGUCUACUAUCGCCUUGCUUAUUCUCGGUUUGACACUGGGGCGUGCUGUGACAUAUCUGCUUACAGAUACAGAAGACACGGUUUCCAACAUGGACAAGUUCUCAAACAGCCUCAAGAUUGUCAUGGCACAUUGCGUCGUCAACCUGGCUCUUGACAUUUGGAUGCUUAUCCUGCCAAUGACCCAGCUGUAUAACAUCGGGCUGAAGAUCAAUAAGAGGAUCAACGUGAUGGCUAUGUUUGGCCUCGGUAUAUUUCUUACGGUGGUCAGCUUGGUCCGUACGAUAUUCCAGUCACAGCUACUCGCUGACCCUGAAGAAGCGCAAACGGGCCAACAGCAAGUGGUUCUUUGGGCGUGCAUCGAGACAUACAUGGGUGCUAUAGUUGCCUGCGUACCCUCAACACGCCAGCUUGUUCGGAUGGUGGUUUACAAGAUGAGGAAGCAGAAAGAAGGGCAGUCAGCAAAUAAGCCUAUCUUCAUCGAGAGGUCAUUGGCGCCGAUACCGGAUGAAGAGGAUAUGCCGACGUUGAGUGACGUUGGGGGACUGACGACUGUCACAGUCAGUAGUGGAUGGACGGCUGUGACGGGGACGGAGCAUGAGAUGGAGAUUGUUAGUAAGGCAGAUCGAUGAGGCUGUCGGUGGAUGAGUGGAAGAGCAUUGCAUACCGAACAGCGAAUCAUUUCCUUGGGCAUUAUUUUAUGAUAGCGAUUUAGUACCAUGUACCUUGCACAAAAAAGUCAGCAGACAUGAUCAUGUUGGAUUUCCGAAUCGCCGAGCCAUGUCCAUCGGAG